UGCUUAACUAUGUAUACACAAGGGGACCACACUAUUUUUAUCGAAUCUGGCCACACUAAAGCAAAUGGCGAAUCUGAUCGAAAUUUUCGGAAAAUUUGUAAAUAAUUCUUGCGAUUGGAAAUGCAACUAUAUUGUGACAGGUCAGCAGAUGCUUGGCUAUAAACUGAGAAACUGAGAGGAGAGCAGCCGCGACCAAAAGUGCGGAAGCAAACGCACACACUCUGUGCAAACAACACGAACAAUAACAAGAGGGAACUAGCAGGAGCGGGAGCAGGAGCAGGACGUGGGAGUGGACUACUGGCCCGUGGAGAGUGCGGAGCGCACACGGACUGCAAAGUGGCGUCGCUACUGAAGACCAGGGCUGUGGCAGCAGCGGCGUCCAUGUCCCAGGGGCACCAAGGACGGCUCACCGAGAACAGCAUACGCACCACGACCAGGAGAGCGCAGCAGCAGCAGCCGGUGUGGUGUCGCCAACUGUGGCCUUAAGCAUGUAGUCUAGAAGCCAGAACCCGUUCUCUAACAAGCACAACAUAGGAGGGAAUAUCCAACCGAAACAAAAACAUAAACAAAAUCAACCGACACCAAUGAAAAAUGUCACAAAGAGGUAAGCGCGGAAGUCAGCAUCACCAUCAGUCGCACCAUCCGCCUCCGCCGCAGCAGCAGCGCAAGGAUGUUGAGCCGCAGCCGCCGCCCACCAAGCGGCGCAAAGGCCGGCCCCCCAACGGGGCGACCACGGCAACCAUAGCGUCAGCAGCCGUCCCUGGAUCUGCAGCGGGACCUGUGACAGGAAUAGCGAGCUCGGGUCGAGUUCCGCUCUUGCCCCUGAACAACAGCAAGCAUGAAGGCGAUCCAGAGGCCGAGCGGGAGACGGGAGGAGGAGGCGGAGGAAUUGCGGCUGGUGCCGCCAGCAAUAGCAAAUCCAAGUCAACGAAACUUGCCAAGUCGACGAGCAAGAGCAAGUCGCAGGGGGCGAGUACGAGCAGCUCCUGGCAGGCGCGCUCCGUAGCGGACAUCAAGAUGUCGAGCAUCUACAAUCGCAGCUCCACGGAAGCACCAGCUGAACUGUAUCGCAAGGAUCUCAUUAGCGCAAUGAAAUUGCCUGACUCGGAACCGCUGGCCAACUAUGAGUAUUUAAUUGUGACGGACCAAUGGAAGCAGGAGUGGGAGAAGGGUGUGCAGGUGCCCGUCAACCCCGACUCCCUACCCGAGCCAUGUGUCUACGUUCUGCCCGAGCCAAUUGUCUCGCCAGCACACGACUUUAAGCUUCCGAAGAAUCGCUAUCUGCGCAUUACCAAAGACGAGCACUACACGCCGGAGCAGCACUACCUGACGAACGUCGUUGCCCUGGCGGAGAACACUUGUGCCUACGACAUAGAUCCUAUAGACGAGGCAUGGCUGCGGCUGUACAACGCCGAUCGGGCCCAGUGCGGUGCUUUUCCCAUCAACGAAACACAGUUCGAGCGGGUCAUCGAGGAGCUGGAGGUUCGUUGCUGGGAGCAGAUUCAGGUCAUACUCAAGCAGGAGGAGGGCCUGGGCAUAGAGUUCGACGAGAAUGUCAUCUGCGACGUGUGCCGCUCGCCCGACUCCGAGGAGGCAAACGAAAUGGUAUUCUGUGAUAAUUGCAACAUCUGCGUUCAUCAGGCUUGCUACGGCAUUACAGCAAUUCCAUCGGGCCAAUGGCUCUGCCGAACCUGCUCCAUGGGCAUCAAGCCGGACUGCGUGCUGUGCCCCAACAAGGGUGGAGCCAUGAAGUCCAACAAAUCGGGAAAACACUGGGCGCACGUCUCCUGCGCUCUAUGGAUUCCGGAGGUCAGCAUCGGUUGCGUGGACCGCAUGGAACCCAUUACAAAAAUCUCAAGCAUUCCCCAGUCGCGCUGGUCCCUCAUCUGCGUGCUCUGCCGCAAGCGAGUGGGCAGUUGCAUCCAGUGCUCGGUGAAGCCGUGCAAAACAGCCUACCACGUCACCUGCGCCUUCCAGCACGGCCUGGAGAUGCGGGCCAUCAUCGAGGAGGGCAACGCCGAGGACGGCGUCAAGCUGCGAUCCUACUGCCAGAAGCACAGCAUGAGCAAGGGCAAGAAGGACGGCGCUGGCGGUGCGACUGGAAGCUCCCUCGCCAGCUCCAUGCACAAGGCGAACAAGCUGACCUCGGGGACGGGGGCGGAUGAAGGCAGCAACGCGUGCGGGACAUCGGGAGAGGAUGUGCGGCGCCGGAAGAACCACAGGAAGAAUGAGUUGACGUCCGAGGAGCGCAACCAGGCCCGGGCGCAACGUCUGCAGGAGGUGGAGGCCGAGUUCGACAAGCACGUCAACGUGAACGACAUCAGUUGCCAUCUGUUCGACCUGGACCACGAUGCCAUCAUCGCUAUUUACAACUACUGGAAACUCAAGCGCAAGUCCCGGCACAACCGCGAGCUGAUCCCCCCCAAGUCCGAGGACGUGGAAAUGAUCGCCCGCAAGCAGGAGCAGCAGGACUUGGAGAACCACAAGCUGGUGGUGCACCUCCGCCAAGACCUCGAGCGAGUGCGGAACCUCUGCUACAUGGUCAGUCGCCGGGAGAAGCUGUCGCGCUCUCUGUUCAAGCUGCGCGAGCAAGUCUUCUACAAGCAACUGGGCGUGCUCGACGAGCUGCGCCAGGACAACCUGCAGGCGCAGUCGAAGGAGGACGAGAAGCAGCGCCCCUCCAUGGACCUGGACGCCAUCAUUUACGCCAACGACGGGCCCACGCUGUACGAUCGCUUCUACAGCUCGGCUGCCGGGCAGGCGGUGCCUGCGCAGUACCAGGAUCUGAAGUACGUCUUGGAGCAGCUAAUGGGGAAGCUCCAGAGCGGCAAGCAGGUGACCAAGCGCGGCCGCGCUUCCCAGUCCCCCAACAAGCGGAAGCAGGUGGCGAAGACGUCCCCCAGCAAGAAGCUCAACAACGGCGCUCUCAGCUCCCGCACAACCUCCCCCGAGAAGCCCGCUCCAGCGGCUAAGACGGGAUCAAGCGGCGGGACCAUCAAAGCGCGAGCGGCGCCCCCCGGAAAGCCGCCUGCCGGGAGGCGUGCCUCGAAGAGCGGUGCGCCGGCGGGGACGUCGACCCAAAACAAAACCCAAUCCCACUCCAACGCCCGGAGCAGUGCGUCCUCCCGUUCGUCUAGCGGCAGUUCGUCAUCGGGUGAUUCCAGUUCGGCGAACGGCAGCAGCAGUUCCGGAAGCUCCUCCGGAAGCGACUCUGGAAGCGAGAGCGGCAGCUCCAGUCCCACAAGCGGAGCCUCGCCGCGGAAGUCUUCCGCGGACAGUCCCCUCAAAAAGCAGAGCUACUCCCGGUCUGUGGAGCAACGGCAGAAACGGCGUCAACGACGUCAGAGUCAAGCCGCUGCGGGUGCGUCUGCUGCGUCUCCGCAUUCCCCCUCAGGAAGCAGUUCCAGCGACGAGGAAGACGAGCGGCGAAGAAGCGGACCAGAGCCGGACAAGAGCUUCGAGCGACGGGGGCCAGUCCAUGACAAGUCAGUACCUAACAAGACCCACCCCGCCAAAUCAAAGCCAGGAGUCGACGUAGCACCCGGCGCCGGAGCGUCAGCGAGAAGAAAACUGUCCACGGCGACGCGGGGCCUGGCCCAGAUGGACCGGGACGUCGAUGAGAGUCUGUCGAGCGACGAAAGUGAGGAGCUGUUGCCUCUGAGCAGAGACCGGCAGCGGGAGUCUAAUACUGCAGCGAACCGGAAGAUGGGGCAGCACAUCUACUCCGACUCGGAGAACAGCUCCUCCGAACAGGAGAAGGACCCGGAAGAACUGGCCACCGUGGAGAGCAAUGUAAGCGACUCUCAGAACCAACAGAUCAUCCGGACGAAGGCGGCCAUGAAGGAAUUCGUGCCCGGGACGACUCCGAGCACACCGAUUGUGGCGGCGCCUGGCAAGGCCAAGCCUGCGCGGGACGCGAAGGAGCCACCGGAAGGAGGAGCGAGUUCCGGCAGCAGCACAAAGCCAAAAACCAACUCCAGUACCAAGUUGCCAUACCCCGCGGAUCUCCUGGUGGUGCCACAGCGGCAGGCUGCCAAGAAGGCCUCCGAGAACAUGCGCUCCACGAAUCUCGCCGCCACGCUCCAGCCAGAUGCCAAUGACCGGUUGCGGGAGCCGGACUCGAACUCCACCUCGUCGAACAGCAAGGGCAAGUCGAAGGACUCGGGAUCGCGGCUAGUGCCCGAUGCCGACAAAUCUAGUCUCGAAAAGGGUCGGUUCAAAGAACAGCCCCCGAAGGCCGUCAAGGCCUCUGGAGAGCCUCCAGCGGAGCGCGGCAAGCGAGGACGACCACCCAAGGUGCCUAGGGAACCUGUAUCGGAUAAGGACAAGCCGGUCUCUGAUAAGGACAAGCCCGCUGCUCCUGCGCCCGCCGAAGCGAAGUCCUCCGCUGCUGCCAAGUCAAACUUUGCUGUCUCCCUAGUGCCCCAGCGGCAGGCUGCCAAGAAGGCGGCGGAGCAGCUGAAGAGCAGCAAGCCUGCCCAGGACACGUUUUCAUCCGCUAACGAGACUUUGGAGAAGGAGCCCACGGCGUCAGUGGCGUCAGCGGGCUCGGUGCCAGGAGCAGCGGGGGCGCCGCAGAGCUCGACGCCAACUAAGCCCACCAGACGAACCUCUCAGAAGGAGACUCCUACCACUCCUAAGGAAGUUGCCCCCAGCCGACGAAGGUCGAAGGAAGACGCUUCUUCUGGUGGCAAGGGGACGAGUCCGCUGAAGCGUCGCGUUGCUGCUCCGAAUCUCUCCAGCUCCAGUUCCGGCGACAGCGACAGCUCCAGCUCCUCGAGCAGCUCCGGCAGCAGUUCGAGCAGCGGUAGCCACAGCGACUCGGACAGCGAUUCGCCAGCCAGCGAGGCGGAAAAGCCGCCAGCGAGACAGCCACUGCAGGCUGGUGCCUCUGCGACGCCUUCGGUCGCCUCCAAUAUGCCAAAGCGUUUGCCCCGGAAGUCCGUCGACAAACCAGCAUCGUCGACAGCGGCACCUGCAGCGCCUCCCACGCCUCCUCCCCAACCGCCCGCCACCCGGACCCGACAGAACUCUACUACAAAAUCGCCAAAGACAUCUCCUCUGAAGCCAGCAGGAGCGACCAAGGAGGAUCCGAUCCCCAGCACGCCGAAGACGCAGUUGCACCGACGCCAGGGAUCCGUGGACGAGGGCGCGAAGCACGCUCAGUCGGAGCAGGCUGCCAAGAGGGCGACACGCGGCUCCAAGUCGCGCCCUCCCUCGCCAGCCACGAAGUUGGCCAGCUCCCCCGAGAAGCCGACCCUGCGCCGCAAGUCCCGCGCAGACGAGUCUCCCAAGAAAAUACCCAGCUUGGAGCACGAAAUCAACCAGCGGAAAGCAGCUACCGGGAAGCUAGGCAGCGCUUUGGACAAGCUCCUGGGAAAGAAGCAGCAGCAGGUCAACCACGCCGCAGCCAGCACGCCACCGCGGAAGUCCCGAACGCCUUCUCCUUCCCCAACGCCAACCGGGAAGGCCACCAGCCGAGAACCGGAGAAGGAAAAGCCCGAGCCAGAGCCCGAGAAUCCGGCGCCGGAAACGGAACCGGAGCCGGAGCCAGAGCCGACAGUUGCGGCCGAGGCAGGCGAACUGCCCAUGGACAUUGACGAGGAGCUGACCACCGCUCCCACGCAUACGCAGCUUUCGGCGAACGCGAGCAAACUGGCCGACAUCAUCGACGACGAGCGACCUCCCGCUGCUCCACUCCCCGCCUCGCCCACUCCCACACCCACCUCGAACGACGAGCUGUCCGAAGCCGGCAGCGACCUCAGCGAACGGCGGCGCAUCCGAUGGCGCUCCAGGCGGCGGAGGCGAAGACGAAGCGACGAGCCGGACGAGGAACACACGCACCACACCCAACACCUGCUCAACGAGAUGGAGAUGGCCCGCGAGCUGGAGGAGGAGCGCAAGAACGAAUUGUUGGCCAACGCCAGCAAGUACUCCGCCUCAACGUCCUCUCCGGCGGUGACGGUCAUCCCACCAGAUCCGCCGGAGAUCAUUGAACUGGACUCCAACUCGGCCAACUCUGGAGUUGACGCGCAGCCGCUCUCGCAGUCGUUGCCGGAGCAACAGUCUCUGGGAUCCGCUCCACCGCUUAUUGUACAGUCCCCCGCAGCCGAUGUGGCGCCUAGUUUGCAGCCCCAGCACCUGCCUCCGACGCACCAGUCCCUGAUCGAUCCACUGCCUGUGGCCCACCUCACUCCUAUGGGGGCGGCGUCCUCGGGCCCGUGUGCUCUGGAGGAGCCGAUUGUUGACGCGAUUCUUGCAAUGGAGGACAGCAAGUUCAACAACUUCGCGUCGAGCAUUUUGAAUCCGCCGAAUCCGGGUCAGAUGAGCCUCAUCCCGACCAUGGACAGGGUGAAGUCAAUCUGCGAGGAGGACAGCAUCCUGGCUACGCGGAAUCUCCUGGAGAAAUUGCGGAAGACCAAGCGGAAGGCACAGGACGAUUGUUGCUCCAAGGAGGCAGUGGACUUGUUGCCCCCCACUCCUGCCAUUCCCUCAGUGUUUCCGUUCCACAAUGCUGCGGACCCGGAGGAUAUCAUUCAUGCACAGAAGGAGCAGCAGCAACAGCUCCAACAGCAGCAGCAGCAGCAGCAGCACCAACAACAGCAGCAGCAGCAGCAACAAAGCUGCCUUUACGGCAACUCCGGUCCCAACUCGGUGGCUUCGUUGACCAUCAAGGACUCGCCCAUGACAGCCAACAGCGGAAGCUACGCUAACAGCCUGACGAACACGCCCAACGCCACGCCGACCAACGCCUCGAUGGGCAACAACCUGGGACCGGCUAGUGGAUUCCAGGUGAACUUUGCCAACUCCCAGCAGCCUCCCUCGCUCAGCAUCUUUCUGGAAAAGUCACCGCUCCAGAAAGGCGCGUGUGCGCUUGCCAGCAACGGAGGGGCUGGUGGCGCAGGUCCGCCCGGCUCUACUCCGGACUUUGUGGACUUGGCAGCGGCGGUGGUGAAGAACAGCAUGGCAGGCUUCCGCGGAGUGACGUCCGUGCCGGCGCAUACCCGACCCGGGGGCAACAACAAGAUAAACGACUACGACGAAAACAGUCGCAUGCAGUCCCCUUUCGGAAGGAUUCCGUGGAACGAGAACGACCUCAUAGCGGAGCGGAGGAGCAGCUCUCCCAGCUCAGUCUCAGAGUCCAAUGAUCCGCCUCCCUCGGCAGCGGCGGCGGCAGCAGCGGCGUCCGUUGCCCGGAACAUGUCCUCCCUGGAGUCCUGCAAGAACUUCUUCAACAACUACCCGAGCGGAAACGGGGCGCCGGGCAACGCAGUGCAGACCAACGCAGCAGCGGCCUUCAACCACGCCCCCAUGGUCAACGGAAUCGACAGCAUGCCCAUGUUUGGCAGCGCCCCUGCUCCUCAACAGCAGCAGCGGACCACGCCAACGCACCCACAGCAGCAGCAAAGAACUCCGAACAGCCAGUACAACGGGGGCAUCUACCCUCAACUGGCAGCCAUGAUGCAUCCUCAGGCGGCGUCGACGGAGAACUCUCCCAGCCUGUACGGCAAUGGCGGAGUGGGAGUAGGUCCUGUGCCGGCCACCUUGCCGCCCCAGGCGCAGGCGACCCAGUAUUCCGGAACGCCGUACUCCACGCCCACUUUGGGAAUGCUUCCCGUGCCCCAGCAGCAACCUUCGCACCCACCCGUCACCGUUCCUGUUCAGAGCACAACUACUCCGAACCACCAGUUCGCCCUGACAUCGCCUGUGGACGGAAAGAUGCCCGUGUAUCCUGGACCCCUAAUGAGCAGCUGUGCGGAAGCAGCCUCAAUGAUGCCGCCGACGCCUCCAGUGCCUCUUCCAGUUCCCGUUCCCGUUCCCGUUGCAGCCAAAGACUCCCCCAACAAGCGGAACAGUGCCAGUGGCGGGAACGCGAUCAAGAAGCAGUCGCACAAGUCUCCCCAAGUGCCGCCUGGAAAGUCGCCAGGCAAGUCGCCAAGGCAGCCGCUGCAGCCGCCGACGCCCCCGACCCCAGCUCCUGUGGUGAAUCUACCUCCGGUCAAGUACGACCCGCAAACGCACACGUUGCAGGGCAAGCCUCGGCAGCGCGCUCCUCGUGGAAGCGGAGCCUCCGGGUCGCAGGGCAGGGGUCGCGGACGAGGGCGAGGUCGGGGCCGGGGAGCUGGCGCUGCGAGCGGGAUACCCAUGACGCUGCCUCCGCCCAUGGCGGACUACGGAAGCAACACCCACAUCGUGAACAACCUCGUUGGAACGCCGUUCGAGUUCAACAACUACGACGACGACAUGGCUGGCCCAGGAGUGGAGAACCUGCAGUCCCUGAGGGACAGGCGAAGGAGCUUCGAGCUGAGAACGCCGCGCGGACAAAACAAGGCCUCGACAACGCCGAGCACCAACCCCCUCCUCCACCCUGUGCUGCCCGGACCCGUGGACAUGCGAACGUACAACCUGGGAUUCGAGGCGCAGCAUAGCACGGCUUCCCAGGAGGCCUACCAGAACAACCUUUUGGGCGCCUUCGACUCGGGCACUGCGGACCAAACGCUGAGCGAGUUCGACGAGGAGGACGAGCGCCAGUUCCAGUCCGCCCUGCGGGCUACGGGCACAGGCACCUCACCGAGCAAGCAGCCUGCGGCGCCGGUGGCUCCUGUUGUGCCGUCAGCCGCGCCCAACCCACAGCCCAAUGCGAACCUCCUGCUGCACUCCACCGAGGCGAACCAGAUGGCUCCCAGCACGGCGGCCGCAUCGGCAGCCACGCACUUGGUGGAGGGCUCCCUCGUAGAGGCCUCAAUGGAGGCGACUUCGGAGGAGGUGUCCAUCGACUCCGACACCACGAUACUGCAGAGCAAGGCAAUGAUCGCCGACGCGCGCAGCCAACUGAAGCUGAAGAUCAAGAGCCCUCUGGCCUACCCCGAGCACUACAACUCCAUAACGAACAGCAGCUCGCUCAGCUUGAGCAGCACGCUGGUGCAGUCUUCCAGCGCGGUACAGGCCACCGUCUCCACCUCCACGGUUGUGAGCGCCUCCUCGGCGGUUAGCGGCAACUCGCGGCGCAUGCGCAAGAAGGAGCUCCUCAGCCUGUACGUGGUGCAGAAGGACAACCUGAACGACGACAGCUCCUGCGGUCUACCAGCCGCUUCCGACAUCGUGCCGCUUGAGAACCUGUUGCGCAAGUCGGAGGAGGAGGAGGAACUUGGUGGCAUCGGAAACGCCUCCAAGCGGUCCAAGAAAAACUCGAGCAGCAGUCGGGAGCUGCGGGCUCUCGACGCCAACUCUCUGGCUGGACUAGGAGAGGACCAGCUGGGAGCCAACCCGGGAGCAGGAACAUCUUCCGGCGACGGCAGGAGGCGCAGCGCCUGCAGCUCGGGCAGCAACAACGAGAGCGGGAAAACGGGCGCGGCCAGCAGUGCAGGUAAGCGACGGGGACGAAGCAAGACACUCGAGAGCAGCGAGGACGACCACCAGCCGCAGAAGCUGAAGAUCAAGAUUCGGAACUUGGCAGCCAAUGAACCCCCUGCUGCUUCUGGCACGGGCGAGGCCCAGGGCUACAGCUACGAGAUGUCCCGAAUCACCUGUCCUCCCAAGAAGAGGCUCACGAGCAACUUCAGCACGCCGACGCUGGAGGAGAUCAAGCGGGAUUCUAUGAACUAUCGCAAGAAGGUGAUGCAGGACUUCGACAAGGGAGAGGACACCAGCAAGAAGGAAGUGCUGGCCCUGGCCAUGGGAGGGGAGUCUUUAGUAAUGCCCCAGCCGCCUACGAAACGUCCCAAGUCUUCCAAGCCAAAGAAGGACAAGAAGGAGAAAAAGCGCCAUAAACAACUGAUCCUCGGCAGCAGCUCCACCAUCGCCACCACCAUGACCAGCACGCUGAUCGAGAACACGGCAAACACCUCUCCGGGAGACAAGCCGAAGCUGAUCCUCCGGUUCGGAAAGCGAAAAACGGAGACGACCACGACGAAAAUAGCUUCUGUGGAUCAGCCACCAGCGGUGGAGGCGCCGCUUCGCUUGAAGAUAGCCAGGAACUCCUCCGGCGGGGGCUACAUCAUCGGUGCAAAGAGAGAGGAGCCUCCGCCACAAGAGAGCGUGUCGCCGAUGACGGAGCUGCCUAUGGUGGCGCCCCUCGGAGAGUCGUCGCCCUCGGAGAGGCUUCUGCUGAACAGCUUCACGCCGCACUCCCAGAACGCUAAUGCCUCGCCGGCACGGCUGGGCAAGGACACGGGCACGCCGUCACCGCCCUGCCUUGUGAUUGACUCCAGCAAGAGCGCCGACGUCCAGGACUCCACUUCCCUGCCGGAGAGCGGAAUGGCGUUGUCUGGCGGGAUGGGGGUGCCAGUGUCUCUUGUGGGCGCCACCACGCCGCUCUGCGUCAACGUGGGCAACUACGAGAACAGCAACAACUCGCUGCCCUCGGCCAGUGGCACCGGAUCAGCCUCCAGCAACUCCUGCAACAGCAACUCGAACAACAACAACAACAAUAACGGUAGCGGGGGAGGCCCCACCAGCGAGGGAGGCAGCUUACUUCCAUUGAAAAAAGACUGUGAGGUUAGAUGAUAAUCAUAAGAAGCGAGAGUGCCGCUUGAGCGUGCUGGAGUCCUUGUGCCGCACACUUCCUAUAUCCUUUCACUCCCAAUUCCUAUUUCCAUUAAGAAGCCAACUGCGUGGUCAUUGGUGGGGCAUCGGCCCCGGCUCGGCUCGGCCCGUCCUGGCCCGGCAGUCUUAAUUUGUACAGUUAGUUCGUAAGAAACGCCCAAUCCUCCCGUACAUCUGCCCAAACUGAUUUGUUGUAAUCGCAUGAGCGUAACAGAUAUUAUCUAUAUAUACUUACAUUAUAUAUACCCUC